CAGUAACGUCAUGUCUGUUUGGUUAAUCGUUCUGUUUCCCUCACUUUUCGGCUGUUUCAAUCCUGUGCUCAGCUCUCCACAAAAUGAUCCCUAUGAAGUUGCGGGCGUGCAUUGUGCCGUCAAUGAGGAGGUCAGCUGCAUGAUGGUCCAGUGUGCGGCCGGUCGUUACUGUCCGGCAGAAAAUUACUGCUACAAUCCAGUUUGCGUCUGUCGCUUCGGCUAUCGCAAAGUCCGUGGCACCUGUGUGAAGAAACAUCCCAGUCCCAAGCUCAGUGCGGACAAAUUGAAUUCAGUUUUACUCCAAACGUACUUUGGUUAGCAUUAAAACUUUGUUCUUCGUCAAAUUGAUGCUAAGAUAAGGCACACAUAGAUCAUAGAUAAAAGAUACAAUUGAUAAACGUAAAAGUGAACGAAGUUUGGACUUCUCAGUUGGAACUUCUUUCUCAUCUUGAGCUGUGGCUAAGCCAACUGAUUUUCUAUAUUAACAAAU